UCUGCCGCCAUGGCUGCACUGCACCGACCUUCUCCACGACUUUCUUCUCUUCUUCUUCUGCUACUUCUGUUUCUAUCAAUGGUGUCGAUUCUAGGCUUCAGCUUCAAUCCAUUUCCUCAAUUUCCAACGGCGGCCGCACGGCGGCGGUUGAGGGCCGAACCGGGUUCGUGGCCGCCGGCGUGCCGGUUCAAGUGCGGGAGGUGCGUGCCGUGCACGGCGGUGCACGUGCCGAUUCAGCCGGGGAAGAGUUCGCCGAUGGAGUAUUACCCGGAGGCGUGGAGAUGCAAGUGUGGGAAUAACCUUUUCUUGCCUUAAUUAAUUAAUUAUUAGCCUAAAUUAAAUUUUUAAAUCAUUUUAUUUAAUUUAUUAAUUUAUUGUGUGUUUAGGGAAAUUUUUAUGUUUAGUAGUAUGUAUUUAUUGCCGCUUAUU